AUUAAACUUUACCCCCAGCGCAGAGGCAUAUACUUACUCCUGCACAGGACAUGACUUUCUAGAGGCAGAUGGUACCAGGGUGUAAACUGCUUAAACAAAUGCAUAUAUACUUCUAUUUCACUUUAGCAAACUCCAGAAGACAAAGAGAGAUAUUAGAUGGCUCCAAGGAGUGACUGGCGAAUGGUUUGAAGAAAUCCAGAGAAAAAAGUUUCGCAAUGACAUGGAUGUCAACCAGAUGUUGAAACAACCACUCACAUACAGGCUAAGGAAGACGAAAAAUGAUUCUAUGCAUUUACCCACGUCAAGAUCCCCAAAUCUUCCACAUCGAAAUAAUCCCUCAUCUACUCCUCGCCGCCUGGGCUUCCGGUCAUCUCUAGCUUCACUAUUCUCUUUCGGAAAAUUAGGAAAGGAGAUUACCAAGCCUCAGCCACCAUCACAACAAGGAUAUGAUGGAUUUCCCAGAACAUGUGUUGCUGUGAAGGGAACCCCCGAGGCUGGAAUAUACAACUCACCAUUGAACAGUGAAUCAUCAAAUACAGUAUUUCCCUCAAAGCCUGUAGGAAUGAGGGAAGGAAGUGGUCUGCCCCCAUGGGAUGCUUCCCAGAUAGAGAAUGAAUUCUUUCGUGUUUUAGAUGACUUGGACAAUAAACUGGCUCAGGAACAAACCCUAAGUCCAGCAAAUACAAGAAAACCAAUUCACUAUGGAUUCCAAGCACAGAUCCGUCCUUUUCAUAACACUGGGAGCAGAAACAGCAAUCUCAUAGGGGGACAUAGGAAUAACUAUGGUGAAACUUCAACUCCAUCCAUCUAUGAUAUCCUAAGACCAUCAAGCCCUAGAGAAGGUUUUAAAACUUUCUCCUAUAGAACAAAAACAAUUUAUGAUAUAUAUGGUCCAAGAGAAUACACAGUCUCACAAGAGGAAUAUGUGCACAAGACCUUUGGCAGUUCAUCUCUGUGCUCUGAUAGGACACAGACAUCGGCCUGUCCUACUUUAGGACAUUUCACAGCAAAUAGCUUACAUCUGCCAUCCCACACUCAGAGGAAGAGUGUUUUUAUACCAAGGAGUCAUCAACAGAGUCCAAGGAGAACUCCUUUGUCGUCUAUUGUAUGGAACCAGCCACAUUCUCCUGGAGAUAAUCAGUACCAAGAAGACUUUCUGAGGGCGCAAUCCCCAAUGGAAGUUGACCCUGUCAAUGAGGAUACAUACCCCACCUGGCCUCAAGACAAUAGGAGAUAUGAAUUUUACCGUUCCAGUAAUGUAUACCAAAGCGUUAGGCCACAUGCUCCCAAGGACAGAACAACCAGUCCUGAGUCAUUUGAGAAUUCUGAGAAUAUGCCAUUCCACCAAAAUGAAAACAAAUUCUCAAGGUCAUACUGUUGGAACACAACUGGUCCUAGGAGAUUGCAAAAAUUUGGAGGAAGUCCUUUUCAGAGCAAAAAAGAAGAGUCUCCAUCCUUGUCCAACUUUUACCACAGAAACAAAGAAUUUAUUUCUUCUGACAGAGACUUCGAAAUGAUUUCAGCUGAUAUAAAUGAGGGAUCAGCUGUCCAGAGUAAUAACACUCCUGCACCACCUCAACCCUGGAGAGCAAAUUUGUCCAGAAACCAAGAAGAGUCAAUUCACAAGGAGUUUAAUUUCCAAACAUGUAUAUUGGAUGACAUGGAAGUCCUGUCACAAGAUAAUGGUAACCAAAUAGCCUUAAAUGAAAGAUAUGAACAUUUACACACACCUUCCAUGGAUAUAACAGGAAAGAAAUUCUGGAUUGCCCCAGAUAUUUACUCCAGGAGUCAAGUUAGACCCGGUAUGCUAGUAAGUCAACAGAAGUGGCCACCAAUGGAAGCAAAUGCAAAUUCAGAGAACAGCUUACCUGAAACCACUCAGAAUUUGUCAUCCUCACUUCAGACUCCCCUGCCCUUAAUUCCACACAGAACAGAAACCUCUGAAAGCUCUAACUUUCAGAAUGCUGCCACUACAUUGUGGGACACCAAAGGGGAUGCUCCUGAUGAAUCUGCCUCUCUUCCUUUAAGAAGCCAAACAGAACUUAUUAAAACCAAUGAUGACUCUGUCACUAUUGCCAGAAGCCAACCAAACACUUGGAUCACUGAGUUUAAUCCUGAGAAAGACUUAACAGAAUCUGUGUCAGAAAAAGUGAAGCAACUAAACAAGAUGGAUGAGACAAGUCAGGCCCAUGAAAUGUUAUCAAUUGUUUCUCAAUCACUAAUUACUGAGACUACACCUGAUUAUCAGCAUUCUCUUUCUAGGGAUUCAGACACAUUUUCCAGCAACAGAUUUGUUUUUAAUGCACCUGUCUCCACAGGUUCAAAAAAGCCAACUGGAGUCUUUGGCAGAAGAGAUAUUUCCAAAAUUUACAUAUCAAACAGAGAUAAAGCAAAUGCACUUAAAAACCAAAAGGAUUCUACCAUGGAAAGAAAACCAGAUUCAGGAACUUCAUUACCUUUCUCUCAGGAAAACAGAACAUCAUUAUCUUUUCCCAAACAAAAUCAAGGUUGUCAGCAAGAACCAGGGAUAAAGGAUGUUAACAUUACCAGCUUUGAAAAGGAAGAGAGCAAACUUGGAACUGCCAGUGAUCAAAACCCACAGUAUUCAGGAGAGUCAUUUACUUUAGAUGCUGAGGAUGUGCAAGGUAUUAGACUGAAAAAUCCUUCUACCAACUGCACCAAGUUUGCUGAAAAUCAUCAUGUCCUAUCAGACCACUCCCUAGAACCAUCGCCAGAUCAUGGCCAAGGUCUUCCAUCUCCUUUUUCUCCCAACAGCCCUUCCUUAGCUUCUUUAGUAACUUCCUCUGCUACUUCAUUGAAUUUCACAUGUAAUGCAUUAGCAAAAGAGGAAAUGUUCCCAAAAAAGAGUCUUGUGGGAAAAGAUCCAUCUCAAGGGGAAAGUGAAGAAAAGUCAUAUUCUGGUAACAAGGACCAAAAUAAUCAAUUAUGUCUCAGCUCUUCAGAAAACCAAGCUACGGGGGUUCUCCAGGUGCUUGAUCAUCACAGAGUGAAGGAUGCUGCUAAAUGCCACCCAAACCAUCCUUUCAGUCUUGGGAGAGGAAAAGGUAAAAUAAGGCGCCGGGUAUCCUGUGUUGAAAAGUUAAGCAAAUCAGGAAAUUUCUUGAGACAGGAGAGUAAUGAUAGUAAUGACAUAGUUCCUGAUCAUGGCAAUUGCCAGUCUCUUGAGCCCCUUGACAUUUAUUGUACCUUCCCUAGAAAAUUGAGCAGUUUUCUAAUCAAUGACAAUAUAAGAUCAGAAAACAAGAUAAUGUCCACUUCAUUUAGGAGGGGGCCCCCUCCAUUCCAAAUAAAGAACAUGGCAGAUCCACUAGAGAAAUGCUUCUCUAACAAAAACAAUUCCAAUUCUUCUGAACCAGAUAGGCAAUGCCCUGAAGUAGAUGUGGACUCUCCCUCUGUAAGGCCCACACCUGUAGAGAUGACGACAAACAUUAGAAACACAACACCUACUGCUAUUAGAAAAGGGCCCCCUCCAUUCGAAAUCAAAAGGACUAUGUCCAUGCCCUUCGUUACAUGUUCCUCAGGUAGAGUGGACAGAAAAGAUAAAUGUGAUGGCCUAGAUACAGAACCCUCUAUUCUACCACCAAGGCCUGAGAUGCUGUUCUCAACUACUCAGGAAAACAGCCCAUCAAUUAAAAAUUCUUCUUUACAACUAGUCAGCAAUCAUCCUCAUGCAGAGAGUUUUCAAGUCUACUCUAAAAAUCACAAUGAAAUGGCUUCUUCUCAGGCAGAUAAUUUUGCAAAUACAUUUUCCCUCCCCAAUGAAAAACAUUUAUCUUUUCCUCCAGAUGGGUCAGAAAAGCAAAGUGGAAAAUCCCUACACAGAUAUAAGACAACAAGCACAGUCACUGUUUCUGGUGAUGAAGACAAUGUAAAAUGCCUUGAGGUAGUUUCAAUCUAUUACACUUUACCACGGAAAUCCAACAAAAAAUUAUGUGACCUUCUUAAAAAUGACACACAAAGUACAUGUUUCUUCCCAAAAUCAGCUACAGUGGAGGAUGCAACAUUCCCUAUUUCUCUGGUAAAGAAGCGACUCAAUUCUUCCACACAAUCUCUACCAGGAAUGCCUGUAUCUCCACAUGCAAAGGCAUCUGUUAGCAGGGAUCAGUGGAGAAAGCAUUCCUUCUCACAGGACACUGAAACAGCAUCUCUUUUACAGUCACCACAUAGUCCAUACUUUGGGUUUCCUCAUAUGGUUGAAGAUAUUUCUCUUUGCAAAGAAGAAUUUAAUACCACAAAGGAUUGUUCAGCUGAAACUAUCUCAGAUGAUUUACAAAGCAAAGGUAUAGAUACCUUUUCUUUCAUUCCUGGCCAUCAAGAGGGACAAGAAAAAUGGCAGAAUCACACUACGCAUAGCUCUGUCUCACCAACAAUGCUUCAUGAUAAACUUGUUAGAGAAGGAAAGCUUGAAAAACCUGAAGAGUCUAUUAAAGUAUGUGAAAGAGAGAGUCCUUCUGUCAUCCAGACCCAUUUACAAGAUAAUGUUAGUGACAGUCCCUGCAUAGGAGAAAUCUUAGGGAAACGUGGGCCUCACUACAGAGACAUGAUGUUUAUUGGAAGUGGAAAUUAUCCUCGUGAAGAAGUUAAUGACAAAAUAGACUCAGUACCUGGAACUAUAUCCUUCUAUGAUGAUCUGAAAGAGUUACAGCCAGAAGCUGCUAAUGGGAAACUUAAAACAGAUGAUCAGAAAAUAAUUGAAAAAACACAUUCUGCUUUGCAAAGCAAAGACUUAUCCUUCCCUUCCAACUCACUCAAAUUUCAGCCUGGGGAAAUGAACCAUAAGGGUCAGCCUGACUUAGAAAGGUCACUAAGGGAACCAAAGGAGGUAUCUCAAGGAAGGGAUGCAGAUAAGGAUUUCAUUAGGUUGGAUAAAGUAGGAAAUGCCCAGAACACAAAGGUUAAAGAGAAAAUGCAGGUGCUGGCAUAUGAUCAAGAUUCACCUCCCAAGGUAAUAAACGAAACUAAGUGUGAUUUGGGUUCCACCGAAGAAAAAAUCAAUCUAGAGAAAAGGAAAAACAGAACUUCUGUUAAACAAAAACUGGCAGCUUUGUCUAAAGUCAGCAGAAAAUUUUCAACAAAAGAUAUGAACUCCAGAAGGCACAUUGCUACUAUUUUCCCACAAGAGGAAGUCAAUACAAUACCUCUUAAUACACCAGAGAUGUCUCCACUUUCAGCUAAACCCACCCUUGGGAUCCCAGCAUCCACACAUGAAUAUAAGAAAUCAGGUCCUCGUGGAACUGAGAGCUUUGCACUCCAAACAGCUGAAAUGAGUAAGACUGAGACCCUUCUCCAGACUCAUUUAGAUUCCAUCAAGAAGCCUAUUACAUAUGUAAGUGAGCAAAAAACAAUGACUAGCAGUUUCAAACCAAAUAAGAACAAGGUUGAGAAUGUAACAGAAUCACCACUGAGCAGCAAAAACUCUGAAGAUGAAAUACUGGCGGAAAGAGGCAAAUGCCCUCAAACUUUGGAAACAGGAUAUGAAACCAUAGCCGAACCUAUGCUUUCCAGUGUGGAGAAAGAAGAUUUCUCUGAUGAUCUGAAGAGGUUGAGCCUUCAGUUCCCAUCUGAGACUACAUGUAAGACUUCUGAAAAAAGAAUCCUGCCACCCAGCCCUCUGUCACAGCAAAAAAAUAUCUCACUCCAAGAAUGGGAGCCUGAUUCAAAUCUCUAUCGUUCCAAGAGUUUAAAAAACAUAAAUGUACUUAAUAAUCGACAACAAAUAAGUCAACCUCAGAAAAUCCGUGAGCGCCAUUUUUCUGCACGUACUUUUUCUGACAAUGCCCAGGACAGAUGGAAACUUGGGAAUGAAUUUCCCAUUCAAAGUGGGUAUGGAAGGAGGUUUCGAUCUUUUUCUGAGCUCUCUGAUUGUGAUGAAAAUGACACCUGGGCUUUGAGCAGUGACAGGACCAGGGCCAGUGGUCCCAGGUAUACAAGCUCCAUCUCCAGACCAAGUGACUAUGGAAUUUUUGGGAAGGAACAGCAGCUGGCUUUCUUGGAGAAUGUAAAGAGGUCACUCACAGAAGGGAGACUGUGGAGGCCAAAUUUCCUUAAGAAUCCUGGCUUCCUAACAGAUGAUGUGAGUCAACCUGCCAAUAGGCCUGAAUCGCUAACCUCCAGUUCUCCUGAUAGCAAAACACCAAAAGAUGAUUUGUCUCCCAGGGAGCUGCUUAAUAUCUAUCAGAGUGAACCCGAGGUACAUUCAGAAUCUGAUACUGACACCACCACAGAUGAUGAGUACUAUCUGGAUGAAGCUGACAAGGAAUCAGAACUCUGAGACCUCUUUUUCAAUAAAGAGAAUAACUAUUUUUUAAAUAACCAACUAUUGUUCCUGAGAAUUCAGAGUGUCUUUGUAAAUAGCAUUAUGAGAACAUCAGGGACAAAAGAUAUAGGUUGGGCAGUCCUUAUUCUGAAGUGACCUAAUUCCCCAUUCUUCCUCCACACCCAUUACUCCCUGGAUUCAGCAUAAACAACCCUGGUUUGGUUUUUUUGCCUCUUACAGAUAAGACAAAUAUUUGUUUUCGUGUUUCUUCAGGAGGUUUGAAACCUCCCUGCCUGUCUCCAGUAGGACUGCUGUGGAGGGGGUGGGGGGUUUCCUUGGCUUUCUUCAUCUUCCCUACCUUUUCAUCUCCAAUUUAACUCCCAGUCUUGAACCUCUCCUUUUCCUUUUCCUUCAAUCUUUCUUCCCAAAAGAUUAACUUAGCUAAUCACCUAGCACAGCUUAUGUUCUACUCUCUUCCUAACACUACUUAAAAUGAUAGAGAUUCUGAUGAUGAUGAUAAUGAUAAGCUAUUAUUUCCCUCAUAUAAGAAGAUGAACAACAUUUCAUCAUCAAUUCAGGACUUUAUUUUUAUUCUUUGGGGGGGCGGGGGGGGGAAGGACAUAAGGCUAGGUUUUUUUUUUUUAUUAACUUGAUGUGCCCCUAGGGUUGAAAGCUAGGAGAAUUCGAGAUGAUUAAGCUGGUGAUUUAUAUGUAAGACACUGAAUUCAUUUAGACUAGUUAGGAGGAAUAGCAUUACUAGAGCAUAUACUGUACUCAACUUGAAACCAGGAAGAUCUAGUUCAAGUCUUACUACUGAUUCUAACUAGGCGUAUGACCUUGGGCAAGUCACUUAAUGUUUCUGAGUCUCAAAUUUCUCAUCUGUAAAAUGAGGAUCAUACUACUUGUAGUACCCACCUCACAAAAUUGUUGUGAAACUCAAAUAAAAUAAUGCAUGUAAAGUGAUUUGCAAAUUUUAAAGUUACUAUAGAAAUGUUAAUUAUCAUGAAGAGCCAUCUGAGAGUGAGUUAACUGAGUGAACCAGGUGAGUUAAUGGACAGGCUCAGGAUGUGGGCCAGCUAGAUUUGGUGUUGUGAUAGUGAAUCAGUAGCAUCAUCUUUCUCUGUGAAAAACACCAUUACCAUGGCACCAUGAUAAGCAGGUAUUUCUACCCUAAAACUGGCUUAACUUUGCUAUAACAUUCUCAGUGACUUUUUAAAAAUUCCUCCUAUUUCCAAUUUUCCAUAUUUGUGAAGUGUUAGACUUUCCAAAGGGCACAGAUUCAGUUCACAAGUACUGAGAGAGCAUCAUCCACAUUACUAAAAUGUUGCCCAUACAAAGUAAAACUCCAGGACUCAUACAUCUCUAUACAUCUAACUGGUGCCAAAUCAUCAGAUUACUUUACUCGAGGAUUUUCCAAGUCCUGACACUUUGGUUUCUUUCUAAUUAUUCACUUAGGCUGGGAUAAGGUAGAUAGCUCCAAAUAACAAUGAAGGCCAAUGCUAAGGUAAGGGUGGUCAAGGGUAAAGAAUACUGUGGUUGAGAUAUUUUGAUAGCUCUAAUCAAGGAAGCUUAUCUAUUACCUCCUUGACUUGAUGUUGGAUUGGUUCCUGUUUAUUAGGACUCAUGUCUUAAGAACAAAUUUGAAAAUCCUUUCAUCCUGUUUCAUAACUUCCUUUUAUAGUCUUCUUUGAUGAUAUGGGUUUUUAUGUUCUGUAUCUACUUCUCUCCAUUCCUUAUCCACUUAUGUUCUGUAUCCACUUCUCUCCUUGUCUGUUUUUAUUUUUGUAUCAUCAAGGUAAUGAUACUUGUUGAUAAAGUACCUAAAGAUUCUAGGAAGAUAGGGUUAUGAGAAGGCAGGGUGUUAUUACUGUUAUGUCUCCUACCUGGAAGUACCGUACAGGCUCUUUUGCCUACUGUGUUCCCAUGAAGCUCAAAUGGGUGAUAAUAGAGUAACCACUACAAAUUCUGUUUUUAACUUUAUUUCAUUUCAUGUGUGAGAUCUGGUGGCCCACUGAAGACUUGAGAACAUGGCUAAACCAUGUUGUUUUAAGUCCACCGAGCAGAGCACCAAGACUUUAAAUUCAAAUGUUACUAGUAAUAUGUAAUAUUUAUGAAAAUUCAUAUGUCCUUUCAAGUUGCUCUUUUUCUGCCCUACUCUUUCCCACUUUCUUGUUAUAAAUCUAUAUAGAACAUUGCGAAUAGUUUUUGAAAUUGCAAAAGAGACCUAAUACUCUAAAGUUGAAAAACACGAGUUUUCUGUGUCUGCCUUGCAAAUUUUAUGUCACUUUAAAUAAGGCCACACGAAAUGAAGUUAGGGAUUUUGAAGCCCAGAGUGCAGCCAAAGUAGUAGAUCUGGGGAUUAACAGUUACUUUUGGGUCUGAAUUCUCUGAAUUGGCCAUCUAUCAUCUAAAUCUUGCCAUAAUUGCUAACUUUCAACUUUACUAUUUGCUGUGUUAACCUGAUUCAGAAGUCACAAAAACAAAUUUAUAGAAGGCACCUUCUCUCUUUGUAUUUUAUGUAGUUAAAGUACUUCGUUAAAGAAGUGUAGUCAUUUUAUAUGUAUUUUAACAUACAAACUGCUGCUCUUUUAAAAUAUGAUUCUUUUUUGGUAAACAUAAUUUAUAUUAGUCCUUUUUAUAUUCCAAACUUGUUUUCUAAGAGAUAUUCCAUAUAAAAAAAUACCUGUGUACAGAUGGACCGAUCAAAAGGGAAUGAACACUAAUAUGUACAGUUGUAAAGUCAUUAUUUUAUGUAGAUGGAUAAUGGACUCUUGGAGUCAUGAGUCAUAGAGUAUAUGGCCAAUUUAAUCCAGGCCUCAUUUGAUCGCAUUUUAGGGAAACUAUUUUAAAUGGGUCAUUCAGUAUUAUAAGGCUACUGGUGGUUAAUAAACCCAUAACUCUAAUGGGUUGUCUAAUAAGAUAAGCAAAUAGAAUAGUCAAUAAAAAUUCAACACAUACCUGCACUGAAGCUAGUAGUGGGAGAAUGUCAAACUUAUACGAUGGUAACUUGGAAGUAAAACUCUCAAAUGAAGUAAAUUAUAUAUAUUUUUAUCAUGCCAUAGGAUUAGAGAAAGAAAUCUUAUUAAGAAUAGUAACAUUAUUGAUUCUGAAUAGCAAUUCUAUUUGAACGUGUAGCCAGGCCCCAAUUAGUGCAAAUAAUGAAUCCCUUGAAGUGUUCACAUUACUAAAAUUCGCACUGUAUUUUUCCCAUUGGGCUGGAACCAAUUGCCGUAUUUUACACAAUUAUAACUUUGAAUAGUGCAAAUUUGAAUACAUGAGACCACUUUAGGGAAUUCAUUAUUCCCACUAGUUGUGAUCCAAGCUAUGCCAUGUACUCACAUAUGUAUAUGUUUGUAUAUAUGCAUGUAUGUAUAGAUGUUUUGUUAUCUCAGCAGCUUUGUAAGUUUACGUUGUCUCUGAGGUGGCUCAGAAUGACUGGUAAUUGUAUAACUUCUGAAACAAAUAAGCCUUAAUGCACUUUUUCUGAAACUUUUUCAAGUGGUCAUUUAUAUGCAAUUGCCUCUAAGCCUUUUCUCUGAAUAUGUCAAUGCUACAAAGAAUAACAUAAUAUUAAAGAAAUUCCUGUUUUCAAAUAAAUUGUCUAAAUAGA